AUGCACAUUCAGCACGACCAGCCCUUGGAUUUGGAACUGACAGGAUUCUCGGCUCACGACUGUGCCACUGUUUUUAAGAGCUUUCUGGCCGAGCUGCCAGAGCCUUUGCUUACAGACGCCCACUAUCCAGCACAUCUUCAGAUAGCGCCGCUUAGCCAGGCAUUAAUAGGGGGUCAGGUGGCGGCUACCGCAGAGCGCCAACAACAUCUUCUCAACUCGGUGCAGCUGCUCCUUCUCCUGCUCCCCGAAGAGCAUCGCGAGCAAAUGCCGCCCGAGGCGCUUCACUAUACGGCGAAGAAGAUGUCCAGCAUUGUGUCAUACAUGAUUCAGCAGGGUCUGGAAAUCUUCGAAGUUCCCGGAAAGCUAGCCACCGAUAUUCGGGCGUACUUUCUUGAGCGCAAACGCAAAAAUACCAUGUCACCGGAGCAAACCCUUGAAUAA